CGAAACUUCCAGGCGGCGCAUCAGUAGUUGCGCCAUUUUCUUCCACGCAAAUACAAAUUCUCCUAUCAUGGAACCUCUCGAUCCCACCACCACCUAGCAGUCACUACAGAUCUUCUACACGUUACCUCCACCUCAUAACUGACUAUGACAGAGGGCAGUUUUCUUUACUAAUCUCAGAUGGACACGAUCCUUUUAUGUCUGAGAGGAAAAGAAGCCGAGGAAAAAGGGCACAAAAGUAAAUACAGAAAGCAAAACGAUUAUUAGUCGGUUUUGAACCACACCCAUUUCAUAUAAAUUCAUCGUCACAAACUAGAGCUACAAUACGAGUUAUUGGUUAGCUAUUCUUCAAACUCUACAAACAAUUUGUUCAACCACAAGAUUUUUACAAUAUUGCGGGCCGGAAUUCACUUGGGAGGUUUUCAGUUAUAUGGAUUCUGAGCUAUCUUUUACAAUGGAAGGCAUGCCAUUAUCUGAAUUGAAAUCAGAAACUGCAGAAAUCACUUUGACUAUUGAUGAGGAGUUGACAUCAAAAACAGAGUCAAAUAUGAAUACCAUGGAUGGGAUAAUUCCACAACUCUUUGAAACAGUUUCAGGCUGGACUCAUCAAUUUCAAGAUUUUGUUGAGGAUGUUCUGGCUGAAGAUGUAAGUGCAGAACAAUCAUCAAUGCUUUCAUCCAAAGAGCAUUCAACCCAUGGUUCUGAUUCUACUGAGUACCAUCAUUUAUAUGAUGAUAGCUGUGGCACUUCAUCUAUGUCUGCAAAUGAAUGCAGUACUAGUGUAUCUGUGAGAGAAAGUGGAGUUAUAACUAAUCCUGCUCUAUUAUCAGCAAUCGAUGUAACAAAAUCUGCAUUUACAGAAGCAACGCAGAGCUUUUGGAGUACUCCAACGAUUUUCAAAGGGUUCAUGUUUCCCAUAGUUGGUCUCAAAUUUGCUUGGAGAUUGGCAUUUAUAUGUGUUACAUGUUCCUGUUUCCAUGCACGACGUACACAUAGACAACUGAAAAGGUUGGUUGCUCGAGUGCAGACAACUUUGCGAGGUUCUUCACGCGACAUAGGUUGGCUGCAACGUGCUCCUGGAAUGCCUCCGGUUGAAGAUGGUACAAACAAAUUUAAAGAGUUGCUAGAAAGGAUAAGAAAUGGUGAACAUAUGUUGCCUGACAGAUAUGUGUAUUUACUGGUUCCAGGCCUUUUUAGCAAUCACGGUCCAUUAUAUUUUGUUGAUACUAAGAAGUUCUUCUCAAAGUUGGGGCUUGCUUGCCACAUCGCAAAGAUUCACAGCGAGGCUUCAGUUGCGAAAAAUGCCUGGGAACUGAAGCAAUAUAUUGAAGAGCUCUAUUGGGGUUCAGGAAAACGUGUCCUGCUGCUUGGCCACAGUAAAGGAGGAGUGGAUGCAGCAGCGGCAUUGGCUAUGUACUGGCCUGACCUGAAGGAGAAGGUUGCUGGAUUAGCACUGGUGCAAAGCCCAUAUGGUGGCAGUCCAAUUGCUUCUGAUAUUUUAAGAGAAGGUCAAAUUGGAGAUUUUGAAACACGGCGUCUAAUGGAACUUUUAAUUUGUAAAUUGAUCAAGGGUGAUAUGCGAGCGUUGGAGGACCUGACUUACGAACGGAGGCAGGAGUUUAUUUCUGCACAUACACUGCCCACAGAUGUGCCAUUAGUAUCAUUUCACACAGAAGUCACAAUAGCUCCUGGAGUCUUGGCUACCAUGUCCCAUAUUGCACAUGCGGAACUUCCAUGGUUGCCUCUACAAGGUUCAAGUGCCAAUACCGAAGAGGAUACCAGUCAAAUCAAGAAAGUUCCAGUUGCUGUACCUAUUGCAGCAGCUAUGGCUAUAUGUGCGUUGCAUCUUCAACUUAGAUAUGGGGAGAAAAGUGAUGGCCUUGUUACAAGGAGAGAUGCAGAGGUUCCUGGAUCUAUAGUUGUACGCCCAGACAGAAAAUUGGAUCAUGCAUGGAUGGUGUACUCUUCUUCUAAAAAGGAUUCUAUAGAAGCUGACGCGUCUCAAAUGUGUGAAGCUUUGUUGGCAUUGCUCGUGGAGGUUGGCCAGAGAAAAAGUGGUUCACUCUUAGAGCGCAAUUCCCUAUAAUGUAUAUAUCUAUAUUAUUCAUACUUCAUACGUUCUUUGGCAACAGUAGAUGCAUGCAUAUUUUAAUGUAGGCUAAAUAUGCCUUGAUUUUGUUGCCAAAGGAUUUUUUUUAUUUGUUCUAACUUCUACAGAUGGCUGAACAAGUAGAAAAAGAUUCAGUUGCUUUUUCUAUCUGAUUUAUAGUUUUCAUUUUGUACAUAUUUGAUAUUUCUUUCUGAUAAUAAAUUCUACCUUGGUGGGGCAA